AUGAUAGCCACCGAAAAGCCCAUUCUCACCAUCAAGCCUGCAUCCGGCACCUUCUCCAAGGCCACAGCUCACCUCCUCCCUUGCCGGAUUCAUUACGACGGACCAGUUGACCCUGUUGAUCCGUUUUGGGACCCGAAAACCAAUUCUAAUGAGGGCAAGUCUUUUACUGCCUACUUCCGCGGGCGCAAACUCCUUGGCACACCGCUGUCCCUGCCUCAGAAUUACCGUGGCGUGAUUGCUGUGCCUACCGCUCCCGAAGAUACCGCUAAUAGCCAGCAAAGGAGACCAGAAGAGGAGCACAUCGAAGUGAUCGAUCUCGACCCCGAACUGCUGCAGGGUAGUUUGGAAGCUCAAGCAGAAUUCGACAAGCUGGUUGUCUGGGGGCAUGAGACGACUGUUGAUGGCGCGGCUGAUCCUUAUGUACGGGCAGUGGAGGAGUGGAUUGUUUUGGCUGAGAAGAUACACACCUUCGAGGGGCCUUCAUCAGAGGAAAACAAGAAGUAA